AUGACUGAAGGCGAAGUCGAUCACCAUGAUGCUGAAACUAGCCAAGAAAUACAUGAGCCACCGCCACGAGAAGAGAAUUCUCAUAAAAAACCAAGAAAAAACAAAGAAAAAACUUACACUGAAUCAGAUCUGAAAGAAAUUGCCCUCAGGUGUCAAACUUUGCCACCGAUUUCGGAUGAAGAAUAUAACAAAUUACUUGAAACCCUUGUUGAAGAAAGAUUGGGUUUUGCAAAGAGCGAUAAUUUUGAAAAAUCGAUUGAAUACACGAAAGCUAUAAAUUUUAUGGUUGGUAACAAAGAAGUUUAUUUGAAGAGAUCUGCAUACAAGUCAGCUGAAGAAAAAUACAAUUCUCAAAUUAAAGCAAUCGAAAAUGAAUUAAAAGAAUUUGACGAAGAAACGAAAACACUUCUAAGGAAACUUAAUGAAGAACAGGAAGCAUCGUUUCAGAAAUUACUAAAACUGCAUGAGAAAGAAUGUGAUGAUCAUGUUGAAAGAUGGUCAUCGGAAGCAAAAACAAGAAUGUAUAACCGUGCAUCUAAUCAGCUUUCGAAUUUAAGAAAGCAGGCACGUUUACUUAUUCAACAAUGCAGAUUUGAAGAAGCAGAACUAUUAUCAAAAGAAAUAAAAGAAUUAGAAGCGCGUGAAAGAGAUGCGGCCCAUAUUGUAAUGCAAAGAGACUACGAGGCCUCCGUGAAAUCUCUUGAAAAGAGACAAAAACUGGAAAUUGAUAAUCAUCAACAGAGAACUCAAGUGCUAAAUAAGAAUUUGUAUCAAAAACGAAUGCGUCUUCGAGUUGCACUUGAGAAUAAGCUUCAAAAGGCCAAAGCUACUAAAACAAGAGAAUGUACCGAAGAUAAAAUCUGGAAUCAAAUACAAGCUAAAAAGAAAGAAGAGAUCUCACGUGGAAGAAUUGAUGCAGAUGUUAUUACUACCAAAAUUGAUAUUGAUACUAACAUUAUGACCGAUGAUGCAAUUAUAUCGCUUCCUCCUUUAUCAGUUAGACGACCGAAAACAUCGAGAAUGACUCGUAUGAGUAUGAAUAAUACUGUAUAA